AUGGCAGUUUCACCUCGGGAGAAGAUGCUUGCAGGGGCAGGUGUUCUGGGAAGUGGGCCCGACCCCAACUGGAUUGACAACUUCACAGCCUGCAUCUUCAAACAGGACUAUGACUCUGCACGAGAGGUGCUGAGAGCUGCAAUCGCAAGGGGUGUCAGCACACAUCUAGCUGAGCAGUAUGCCAAGGUGCUCGAAGAUUUCUUGGCCAAGCGUGAUGAAGUAGAGAAUCCAGUUGUUCUGGCCCGGUUCGAAGAGUGCGUGGUCAGGCAGACAUGCAAUGGACAAGGUCGAGGCCUGUACGUCCCAAGAUACCAGACAUGGGGUGCUCACCUUUGGAAGGAGAGGCCUUUGGCGUACAUUCAGUCACCAGGAAGCCGCAAGUGUGCGCAAGUGUGCGUCGCUUGCAUGCUGCCAGUAGGCAGCCUAGCCUCACAGUUGAGAUAUAUGAACCUGGAGCCACCACCAGGAUCCGAAGAGAUCCAUUUGUCAACUUAUCCAGACGAGUUGUGUCCGGAUGGCUUCUGCCCCGGCCAAAUCAUCGCCUGCACUGGCUGCACUGAGGGCUGUGCCGAGGUCUUCUGCAGCGAAUCCUGCCGUGCCUGGGCACUCUCGGAGUCUUCCCAUGCCGUGCUUUGCAAAAGCCAACUUGGCCCGAACAGCUGGGCUGCUCUGCAAGACUUGGAGCACCUUGCCUUCGAGACAGAUUCAGAACACCUCCUCCUGCUCGCACACCAGAUUGCCUGCAUGAUGCUGGCUAGAAAAUCUGGCCAAUCAUUGGAUUCUGUUAAACAUCGCUUUGUAUCUCAGUUUGCUUCAGCCCCAUGGGACAGCCUUACUACUGCAGAUGGAGGCAGCGACACGCCGGAAGAAAGGCGGCGGUGCUUGUCGAGGGCCAUCCCUUUGAUCGAAACGAUUUUCGAGGCAGAGGACAUGGCAGCAGAUUUCUUAGAUGCUGAUCUGUUGAGCGGAAUACUUGGAACAUAUGAGUUGGUAAAUAUGUGCAUCAGCCUCCCGCACCCCUUGAACAGCCACACCGAUGUGGCCCACUGCAUGACGGACCAGCUUGCUGAUGCGGUCACAAGGCUCCAGGAGCCUCUCCAAAGCGACACGGAGUCCGAAACCUCCGAAACAGCCGAAACAGCAGAUACCGCAGAACGAACAGACCGAGCGGUCUUGGCUUCCGCGCAAUCUGGUCAGCUCUUCGAGAACAUCAUUGGAACGGCCUUGUGUGAGGCUCUGGCUUUCACCAAUCACUCUUGCCUCCCGAACUGUCGCAUAGAGUUUGCCACUGCAAGCCAGCCAGAGGCCAAGGGACCAGGACUUUGGGUUUAUUGUGUCACGCGCCGUCCUCUGGUGCCCGGCGACGAAGUGCUCAUGGCCUAUGUGCCAUCCGUGGUGGGCAAGCCACUGCAGGUCCGUCAGCGGAAGAUGGAGAAGUUUGGCUUUACGUGUCAUUGUCGAACCUGUGAGACCGACAGGGUGCUCGAGGCUGACAUGGCUGACCCUUCGCACCCUUUGCCAUCACCGAUCUCUGAAGCGAGAGGGAGCGAGUAA